GGGCAGAAUUUAAUUAUAGGGAUUCAGUAAUUACAAAGGGGGACAGGGUAAUCUAAUCGUGCUGAACAGUCUGCUGCUUGCCUGGUGCUAGGGGUCGUCAUGUGGGGGAAGGAGUGGCCAGGUUAUUGGGAGGGGCUGGGGAAGACCCAGCUGGAUUGGUACACGCAGGUACAAGGACAACAUUAGAGGAAGUGGUGGAGUGAAGUCCUCGAGAAUUAUUUUUAAAAACUAGAUAAACAGUUUAUGGCGAAGACUUCCACGGUAAUUAUCUCUGAGAUAUUACUGGUGCUAGGAGCAAUGCUAAGAAGGCAGUGGGAGUUUAGGGAGAUUAACCCUUUACCUGCCAAAUACGUAGGUACUACAUGCUUGCAGGAAAAUGCUCUAACUGCCAAGCACAUCCUACCUACAUGCUCUGCAGAAAAGGGCUUCCAGUGAGUCACAUGGGCCCCCAAGGCAAUGAGCUAAGGGGGCCGCCACAUCAGUCCUACGACAUGAUCGUCGCAAAAACCGACUCCUUACCAGGAUUGUCCCAGCUCCUGCUUGAAGGACACAUCUUCCAGCCCCCAUCACUCGCCCACUCACUUCCUGCUGUGUAGGCUCUGCAGAUCCUGUGACCCUCAAUGCUGCCAAGGAUCCUCCUGCACACAAACAUGCUACAUAAAGAAAUGGCUUUUCAUGAAGCUGCUAAGAAGAAUGAUGUGCUAGCCAUGACUCAGCUACUGGAUCAAAAAACCAACAUUAACGCUAAGAAUAAUCUCAACAGGACGGCGCUUCACUUUGCUGUAGCAGGAAAUCAUAUGCAGGCUGUGUCCUUUCUCCUGGGCCACAAAGCGCGAGUAGAUAUUGCAGAUAAGCAUGGCCUGACUGUUCUUCACCUGGCGGCAUGGUCUGCAGAUCUGACUAUAUUGCAAAUGCUAAUUAAAUCAGGGGUCAGCCAAAAGGCUACAAAUCAGGAUGGAAUGAAUGUCUUGCAUUUUGCGGCUCAGAACGAUAAGAAUGACAUUGUGGACUAUCUUAUUAAAGAUCUGCAGCUGAAAGACUUAAAUAUUAUGGAUAAGAGGAAGAGAAAACCAUUCCAUUUGGCUGCUGAAAAAGGACAUAUCGACAUGAUUACUAAGCUCAUUGAGCUGGAACUAUUUACUUUGGAAAAAGACAAGGAGGGUAACACAGCCCUUCACUUGGCUUCAAAGAAUGGGCAUAGCAGUGUAGUGGAGACUCUUCUGGAAACAUGGACAGAAAGUGAAAUAGAUGAGCCAAAUGAGAGUGGGGCGACCCCGUUCUACCUGGCAGCUGAAGGAGGGCACAUGGGUUGCGCAGAAUUACUACUGAAUAGAGGAAGCAAUAUUAACACUGCAACGAAUGAUGGUUAUGGUGCAUUGCACAUUGCAGCACAGAAUGGCUACACCUCCUUUGUCAGCUUUCUCCUAAACAAUGGGAUUGAGUCCACCCCCAAGGCUGAUGAGAGAAAUAAUCCCUUCCACCUCGCACUCUUAAAUAAUCACAUGAAAACCAUUGACAUUCUGCUAGAGAAAAAAUACGAUAUUAACGCUACAAACACGAGGCAACAGACCCCCCUGCAUCUGGCAGCUGAAUACAAAAACACGGACCUGGUGGAGAAGCUUCUCAUAGCAGGAUGUGAUCUCACAAUCACUGAUAAGCAAAGAAAAACUCCCCUGGGCACAGCUGCACGGAGCAAUCACAUCCUCAUCGUCGAUAUGAUUAUCAAAGCUGAGAGAUACUACUCAUGGAAAAAGGGGCUCAUUGACAACACUGAGCAGGAGGAACAGGAGGAGAUUCUAACAUUCAAGCAGGACCACUCAUCCAAAACCAGACUGAUCCGAUCAGCUCUCUGGAACUUGGCGUACAAGCACCUCAAGCCAGAUGAGUGGAAAAAGAUGGCUCAGGGUUGGAAGUUCACGGAAGCUCAGAUUAAAGCUAUUGAGGAACAGUGGACGGGAAAAGAAAGCUAUAAAGAACAUUGUCACAGGUUGCUGUUGAUCUGGCUCCAUGGGGUUCUACUGGCCAAGGAAAACCCUAUUAAAGCUCUAUAUGAGGUUCUGGUACAAAUGGGACAUAAGCAGACAGCUGAAAACUUCAGAGAAGACAGCUCCAAUGGGAAUAACACUGAGGUCAAGAAAUGCUGUAUUUCAUAAGUGGAAGCCAAUGAGGAACUCCCAAACUGAGAUCUACUCCCCUCCUCCUCGUGAGAUCUCCUCCCCCUCGUGAUAUCUCUUCCCCUCCCCCUCGUGAGAUCUCCUCCCCUCCCC